GUUCGAACAGUACCAAGCCACUAUGUAUGGUGCACAGCUGAGGGGACACCACCCAUUAACAUCUCUUUGUUGCAGUCCUUCACAAACCUUGCUCUUAGAGUCGGACUUGUCUACGGCAAAAUACAAAAGACGGGAAAUUUUACUUGUAGAGCUAGAAAUGAGGCUGGCACAGACUCGAGAGAUUUCUCAGUUGUUAUUGGUAAGAAUAUUGAAUAAACUUAACAAUAAAACAGUAAAAAAUCAUUCAAAGUCAGAGACUGCUCACAGAAUUGCCUAAUUUUCCGUAAGAUCGUCGGGAUCGAGCACCUUCCCUCAUGGGUGGCCAUCUUGGCCUCAGAUGUACCGUGUUUAGCCUUGGGAUGAGUAUCAAUUCUACUGUGUGCUUGGACGGCGUUGAACGGUUUUGGAGGAGGCGAGGAAAAAUAGAUUGACUGUCAUUACUGUAGUUUACGUCCCUACAGGGGCCGUAACAGGGAUUUCACGCCUUUUACCAUUCAUUAAUCAACAACAUGUUUACACACACACAUGGCCAUCUCGCCUUCCUUUUCCAUGAAAUAAGAAUAUCUAAUGCAGGCUAAUUACAGCUUGCUAACUGAAUUUGUGUGCUGUAAUUCCUGCCACUAGCUUGUGUAAGUUUUAAAACUCCUUAAUUUUACUAUCCUUUGCUUAUUCCCUUUUUUAUUUUCCACUUGUCUAAAGCUUGCGGAGCUCCCUGUCGUAGUGAUGGAACUGCAGUAUUGGGUCAGAUAGAAAACACGUAUGAUUGUAGUAGAACGGAGUCGACGGUUUCAGUUUUGAAGUGCGUCCCUACGACGACCACAACAUUGUAAGCUCUCAAAUUUAGUACGUUACUGCUAGACUGUAUACUUGUUUGUAUCUAUCUUAGUUUCAAACUCAGGAAAGAGAAUUGCUACAGUUUAGCGCCAAGAACUUAAAAGAAGAUUAAGAUCUUAUUAAUAAGUCUUAUUUGAUUGCAUCAGGGUAAUAAAAGAAACAACAAAAUGUUGCUACAAAUAGUGUACUUGAGUUUCUUUAGAGCGUAUUACACCAGUGCUCUUGUCAUCUUGGUAAUACAUUUUAUUACAGUGACGCGCAAUUACAGAUAAGCACUUGGAUGACCAAUAUUUCCUUAAACCUAAAGUGUCCCUUUGUGUUUAGUAAAUUAUUAAUGAAUAAUUAUUAUCAUUUACAACCCUUCCCGCAUAAUUCCGGAUACGAUUAUAGUUCAAUAUACAAUUAACAAAGCUUGUAUCCAAAGAAUAAACCCUUUGAAAGCAAAAAGGAAUCGUACGAACUGCUGUCUUUACCACCAGUCUUCUGCGGUCUAUUUUUUCAUAUGCGCGCCGUCGAUCUGUAAAAAGGAGGGUAAAAAGAAUAGGAAAGGGAGCUGAAUUUGCGAUGUCCUAAAUUAGUUCCUCAUUCAUGAUAAACUAUAUAAUAUGACUUGGGUAUCUUUAUUUGGGAACGUAAAUAUGUUAUCUUCUAAAUUAAUCAGUAUGAUGAUAUAAUUAUUCGUUGUUGAUGUAGAAUAUCCAAACACACGUUAGUCACCUUUAUCAUACACAUUUUCUUACAGUGAGGAGUGAUUACAAAGACCGAAACUGAGACCGAAGUCUCCUAAGUGCAAUAAACAGAUUGAAAUCAGUUCGCGCUAGAAGUCGGCCUUGGUGAUUAAUGAUUUAAAAUUUCUUUUCGGUCUCCUUGAGAAAAGGUUUCCUGAAAACUUCAAUAUAGUGUUGAAACAAAGCUUACGAAUAUUGUCAUACAAUAUUCUUAUUUCUUUUGACUAUCUAUCGCAUUGAUACUAGUUGAGAAGGAAGGUUAACGAUGUUGUGCGUUCUUCCGGCAGUAGCAGGUCUUGAGCCACAGAAAGUAGACUAAGCAGUCUUAUUAUUCAUUCAAAAUAUUUCUCCUUUUUUGAUUGGCUAAAAUCCCACGCAUAGUUCAUCAAAACCGACUAUUGUAGAUUAAAUUUGGGAGAAUUUUGCCAUAUUGAACCGAUGACGUCAAAAGUACAGCAAAGUUGUAGAUUAUUGAACCGUUAACCGAGAAAACCUGGGGACGAGUUUGGGUUGUUGUGGUAGUGAGAACAAAAAUGGCGGACGUUUCACUCGUGUUCACCAGGAAGAAACAGGCGAACUUUUGGUUAAAAGCCUAGCAAGAACAGCAAGAAGACAAUUCGAAGGGCGACAUCUGCUAUUUGGAGAAUAGUUGCGGAGCUAGCUGAACAACCCUUUAGCUCCUAAACUUACCGAUUAACGUGCACUAUCGAAGAUGAACUUAACAUCGUUGCAGGUAAGCAUUUUUUAGCUUGUUUUUAAACUAGAAAUUAUUAUGAAUGAAUAAUAUAACAAUUAUUGAAUUUGGCUUUCGUAUCAUCUCAAGAAUUAUGGAGAUCUUGGAGGGUGUUAUCGGCCUCGAUCCGUAUGAUUUUUCAGAUGAUACGAAACCCGAAGGCCGCCCGCUAUCCACCAUCUUUCGUGGUGACGUCGUCCGCAUCCGCAGUUGACAGAAUAACCCCAGCAUCUAGGUAGAGUUACCCAGAAUACUGAUCGCAUUUGUACUUCUUGCAUUUUCAGGAAUUUAGGAUUUAAUAAAAUUACGAACCUGUCAACGGAAGCUUUUUCUCGACUGACUAGUCUUCAGAAGUUGUAAGUUUUACCUGAGUUUUAAUAUUUUUGUUAUUUUUUUAAGCACUUAUCGAGGGAAAACAUUUUCUGCUUUUUCGAAGAGGAAGCCAACUUCAGUAAAAAGACAGUGCUGUGUAAAUUACCUAACGGGGUUUGAGUGUACUUGUUAUGAUAUGAUAAUAUGAAAUUCCUCAUCAAUACUGUUGAGAAACGAAGUACAAACCCUUCCCUCAAGAACCUUCUUAGAGAAGGUUGCAGAAAGCAAAAUGAAAAAGCAAAAUGUUGUCCAUUGAAGUACGCUUACGAGACACUUGGAAGAAAUUAUCCAAUCACAACGUUUUUUGAAAACAGAAGAUUCUCAAGUCUUUUUUUGCAAGAGGAACAAUGACAUUCAUUAAUCUGAGCGCUGUUUCCUUAAAGGUCAACUAGAUUUUAACGGUUUAAAAGUUUUCAACGGUUGCAGUGUUAAACCUUGAAUUUUAGCGGUAUGUUUGCCUGAACCUACAACCAAUUUAUUUACAAUCCUCUUGUGGAUUCGUAACUCUUCUUCUCUUCUUCUUCCACAACGCUGACGAAGUUUGAGUGAUUCGAACGAAAUAUUCGACGGUUCUUUUCCUCCACUCUCUAUUUGAAUUUUUGCCCUGAGUUGUAGAAUUUUCUGUACUAAAUGCCUUCGCCAGAGCAAGUGAAAACCGUUUUGAUAACUGAGAAUCUUUUGUAUUCAAAAACUUUGCGAUUGGAUAAUCUUCUUCCUAGUUCGAGUAGUCGCACUGUAAUGAAAGCUAGUCUUUCUACCAAGAAUAAUGUUUAUCUUUUUUUAUCCUUUCUUUUUUCACCCCAAACUGUUGAUCUCCAGGGUUCUUAGAGACAAUCUCAUUGUUGAACUUCCCGAAGCUUUGUUUUCCCAACUUAGGAACCUACAACAACUGUAA